UUUUCCUGCUCAAGAUUUCUUUGCAUUUCUCGAAGGCGACAAUCCCACCCGCAAUGGAAACAUGCAACUCUUUCGAUGCCAUUGCUCCUAUGCAUGUAGGUUACAGGAUCGUGCUAAUAAGUCUAACCCUGCCAGCGCCGUAGAUGCGUUGGUGGACGCCCGGCUGACCACGUGCAGCGGUAAGAGCCCUGGAGCGGGGCUGCCUCGGCUGUGAACACAUCCAUCUCACAACAACCGACUCAGCUAACUUCGGUAUCGAAUCUUCGAUUCAGCAUGUAGCCAACUUUCAAAAGUGGAAUUCUAAUGCUCUCUUCAGGAUACGAAACUUCAAUCUAAUCAAAUUCCUGGCCCAAAACACUACGAAGAAUGGCUUCUUCAGCAUACGGCAGCACGCUUCCGUGGGCAGAGCCCAGUUGGUAUACUGGACGCCCGACACCUUACUAUAAAGAAAGCCACAAAAGGUUGCGCGAUGCUGUGAGGCAGUGGUGCGAGGAGCAUAUCGCACCCUACACGGAAGAGUGGGUAGCUGCCGGCGCAGUACCUCCUUCGGUAUAUACGGCAUGUGCAAAAGCAGGAUUUCUUGUGCCUAUUGCAUCCGGCAAAGCCAUCCCAAAACAGUGGUCCAAUUACCCGAUCAUCGGUGGAAUUAAGCCUGAAGAGUGGGAUGGCUUCCACGACUUCGUACUAUGGGAUGAGCUCCUGCGAGGUGGUAGCCUUGCAUCGUUGUUCAUCGGGCUUGUCGUUGGCGCGCCGCCGCUUCUAAAGUUUGCGAGCAAGCAGCUCCAGGACAAAAUUUUCCCAGAGAUCCUGAGCGGCGAAAAGAGGAUCUGUCUCGCAGUGACCGAGCCUGCAGCUGGCUCGGAUGUACGCAAUCUAACCACGACGGCCGAGAAGACACCGGACGGAAAGCAUUACAUAGUUAAUGGAGAGAAGAAGUGGAUCACGAAUGGCAUGUUCUCUGACUAUUUCAUGACAGCAGUGCGCACCGGGGGACCGGGGCCAGAAGGCAUUUCCAUGCUGUUGAUUCCCCGAUCGGAAGGACUACGAACGCGCAAGAUCGAAGUUAUUGCUGGGCCUCUUUCGGCAACCACAUAUGUCACAUUCGAAGAUGUAAAGGUCCCUAUUGAGUACCUUGUCGGCCAAGAAGGGAACGGUUUCCGUCAAACCAUGGUCAACUUCAACCAUGAGCGUCUAUGGAUCGCGUUCCAAGCCAUUCGCGGCUGCAGAAUAGCACUGAAUGACGCAUUCCAAUGGGCCAUGAAGCGCGAGGCAUUCGACAAGACACUUAUAGAGCAACCUGUUGUGCGAAACAAGCUGGGCAACUGUGGCCGGCAAGUGGAAGCUCUACAAGCAUGGACCGAACAAGUCGUGUAUGAGUUGGAGCAUCUCAGCGAUGCCGAAGGAGCGCGCAUUCUGGGUGGCACCACUGCACUACUCAAGGUCGAAGCCGGCAUGGUUUGCAAGUAUAUCGCAGAAGAGUGUCUGAAGAUCAUGGGAGGACUGGGUCUGACGAAGACAGGACAAGGGGCCAGAAUAGAAGCGUUCUAUCGGAGCGUUCCUAGUUAUACUGUGCCAGGUGGUUCGGAAGACGUGCUUAUCGAUCUCGGUGUGCGUGAGGCACUCAAAUUGCAUCGGCAAGCACAAAAGGUAAAGACAAAGCUGUAACAAAGAUCGGCUUUCGUCCGUGGUCGAACUGCAAUGAUAUGACCGAUUGGGUAACUACCCAAGACCUACGGACCUGACUGAGUAUUGCUAGUAAGAUCUAUGACAUAGCCACUGGG